GAGCUAUGGUAUUCCGCCCCUAAGAAAAACGCUCAGGAGAGGACCGAAAGUACCCUUAAUGUUGCACUUAAACUACUAGCAAACUGGCACAAGGAUACUACCAUAGAAAAAACCAAUGAGUUCACAUUUCUCGGAAUGACGUUUGACACUAAGCUAACGUGGAAAAGUUACAUCAAUAAAAUUGAAGAACGAGUCUCCAAUAGACUGAAUGUACUGAAGCGUCUUGCUGGUAACGUAUGGGGCUGUGCACGCUCAACUCUCAACAACACUUACAAGAUGUUUAUUCAGCCAAUAAUAUUGUAUUUCUGUGAGCCACUCAUUACAGCCACAGAGGUGACUCUCAAACCACUCGAAAAGGCACACAACCAAGCAUUACGACUAAUUACUGGAGGGAUAAAAUCAACACUCAUUGAUGCAAUGUUCCUAGUUACAGGAAACACCACAAUAUGUUCCCUUAUGAAAGAAAAGGCCUUGUUCCUGUAUGAGAAGCUACUGCGCAUUCCCGUGGACAAAUUCUUCAGCACCUAUGAGAAUAGACCAAGGCAUCUGAAAACGCAAUCUGGUCUAAUACAAAAAGCCAGAGAAUUGGAGAAAGAAUUACAAAUCGAUGACAAACCAAAAAGCCUCUCUCUCCCCAUGAACCCAUUGGCAGACACUGAUGUUGUGUUUUGCACCCAACUGCUCGACUUCUUCAGGAAUUCAAACACUCCUCCAGAGCAAAUGCGCUCACUGGCCCUUGAGACAAUCAAUGUCAACUACCCUGUAGAUCAAUGGCUCCAAGUCUUUAUAGAAAGCCAAACAAACAUUGGUGCAGGUGUCUUUUCAGAACUCUUCUCUUUCUACGCAGCAUCAGGACUCACUAGCUCCGCUUUUGAAGGAGAAAUAGAGGCCAUUAGGAAAGCACUAUGCCAAUUAUGUUGCCUGGAUACGAAAUUCACCAAAGCGGUGAUACUUUCUGACCCACAGUCACCAAUAAACUCAAUUGGACUUUCGAACUCACAGUCAGCAAUAAACUCAAUUGGAAGUAGAUUUCGAACUUACAGUCAGCAAUAG